AUGGUUUGGAGUUUAGGAGGACCCCCAAAGCUGCACCAUUUUGUGUGGCGUGCCUGCAAAGGAUCGUUGGGUACUUUGGAUGUUUUGUAUAGACGUCAGAUUCGCAACUCAAGUGUGUGUACCAUCUGUGGGGCUGAAAGAGAAACCAUAAUCCAUUAUCUUUUCUACUGCAAGCAUGCCCUGAAUAUUUGGAAUUAUAGUGAGUUCGGUGCUCUAAUUGCUGAAGCCCCCCACGAGUCUUUUGCAGAUCUGUUUUGCUGGUUGGUGAGCAAGGUCGAGAAACCUCAGCUUCGUGUUAUUAUGUGUUUAGCCUGGGCUUCAUGGCAUUGCCGCAACAAGGUUAUUUUCGAUGGAGAUAAUGAUGUUAAUGGUGUUCAGGUGGCCAUGGGUUUUGUUAAGCUCUGUGAGGAUUAUGAUGUGUAUAAUGUGAAGGUUGGUGGUCGUGUGUGUGUGGCAGGGUCUGCUGCUCCUUCAAAUACAGCAUGGAAACCACCUGAGCAACAGUUUGUGAAGGUUAAUGUGGAUGCUUAUGUGCCUGGUAAUGCGGGGGUGAGUCUUGGUGUGGUUAUCAGGGAUGAGAAUGGGGCUUUGUUAUGCGUGGCUGUGCAAAAGACGGGGUGUAGAUGGCAAUCAGACUAUGCUGAAGCGGCUGCAGCGAGAUACGGGGUGGAAGUUGCCAGCAGGUUGGGCUAUGCUUAUGUAGUUCUUGAGUGUGAUGCUUUGAAUGUCGUUCGUGCUGUUGCUGAGAAUCAACAAGGAGCUGCUCCUAUUUUUACUUUCGAUGAAGAUAUUAGGCGUAUUAGUGUGGUGUUUUCUUCUUUUAAGUGUUGUCAUGUAAGGUGUGUGGGAAAUACCGUUGCCCAUUUAGUUGCUAGAUGGGAGUCUGAGAUUAAUUCUGAACGUGUUUGUAUGAAUUGUUCCCCCAAAGUUUUCAAUCUUUGGCGGAACUUGAUUUGA